AUGGAUUUUAUGGUCGGAAUACAUAGUACGCGGAAAGGUUUUGAUUCUAUAUGGGUAAUAGUGGAUCGUUUGACGAACUCAGCACACUUUAUACCUAUUAAGAUAUCAUAUACUGCGGCGAAGUUGGCAUACGUUUACACUGACAGGAUAGUCAGUCUACAUGGAGUUCCUAUGUCAAUAGUUUCGGAUAGAGGUUCAGUGAUUAAAUCUAGAUUUUGGGGAUGUUUGCAAGAAGCUAUGGGAACGCGGCUAGAUUUUAGUACCGCUUUUCAUCUACAAAAAGAUGGACAGUCUGAAAGGAUUAUUCAAACCUUAGAAGAUAUGGUUAGACUUUGUGUACUAGAUUUUAAAGGUAGUUGGGAUGUGUAUUUACCAUUGGUGGAGUUUUUGUACAACAACAACUAUCAUUCCAGUGUUGAGAUGGCUCCAUAUGAGGCAUUAUACGGUGCUAAGUGUCGAUCUCCUAUUUGUUGGGAGGACGUUGGAGAUAGAAAAUUGACAGGAGCGGAGAUUAUUCAGAGUGCCUCAGAAAAGGUAUCACCUAUGCAAGGUGUUAUCCGUUUUGGAAAGAGAGGCAAGUUGUCUCUAAGUUAUGUGAGACCAUACGAGAAUUAUAUCAUAGAUCCUUCUCAAGUGAUUCAAACGCAAGCUAUGGAGGUCAACGAGGAACUUUCUUACGAGGAGAAACCUGUUGAGCUAGUAGAUACUCAACUGAGGAAGCUUCGUACUAAGGAGAUCCCUACGGAGAAAGUGUUGUGGAGGAAUCAUUCUUUGGAGGAAUAUACGUGGGAGACAGAAGCGGAUAUGCAUCAACGAUUUUCACAAGCUAAUCAUCCUCCAAAGUCUUGGUUAUCGGUUUCUUGGGUUUGUCUUAAUGGCGCCGGUAACAAGUCUUUGAAUGUCAAAUUUUGGGUUGCUUCAAUCGUGAUUAUGAGUUCCUUUAUUUAUUUGCUUUUCCUCAUGUCUUGGUCGAGAAGCUCAUUUAAGUUGAGCUUCUCGAUUGAGAAGCUCCUUUUGAAACCAUUCGUCCAAAAUGGUCCUUCAUGUCUUGGUUGA